GCAGCACUUGUAAAUGAAUAAACUGCUUAGUUUGAGCUCUGCCAGGGUCACUCAGCUUCUGAUCUCAUGUGCAACCUUGAUUCAAACAUGAACAAAUGAGCUCACUUCCAGCAGUGAAGUGAUAGUGGCUGCCCUUGACAUCAAAGCCACAUACCGCAGAAGGGUGGGCCUAGUCUACACAGACGUACAUCAAGCAAGGAGUGCUGCCAGGGAUCAUUUUUAUCCACAAUUGAUUAAAUCAGACCAGAGUGAAUUGUAUGUGGUUUAAGCUGAAAUCCAUUACUUCGAAAACUUCUGGAGCCAUCAGACAAUGGGAUCAAUUAAAAUUGAAUGUGUUUUGAAAGAGAAGUACUCAGUUGGAGAGAGUCCUGCAUGGGAAGAAAAACAUGGCACACUGCUGUAUGCUGACAUUACUGAACAGAAUGUUUACAGAUGGCAUCCUGAGAGUAACCAAGUGGAGAAAGUCCAUGUUGAUGCUCCGGUUGGAGCUGUUGUUCCCCGGCGUUCUGGUGGCUAUGUCCUGGCCAUCGGAAAACAGUUUGCCUUUCUGGAUUGGGAGAAUAAGAAGGUUACGGAUAUUGCACGGAUCGAUGACAGAAGAACAAACAUCAGAUUUAAUGAUGGCAAAGUGGAUCCUGCUGGACGUUUUCUUGCAGGCACCAUGGCAAUGGAGACUCAACUUGGGGAAUUUGAAAGGCACCAGGGAGCUCUUUACACCUUGCAGACGAAUCACUCUGUCAUCAAACACUUUGAUCAAGUGGAUAUUUCCAAUGGUCUAGAUUGGUCACUGGAUCACAAGAUCUUCUAUUACAUAGACAGUUUGUCUUUUACUGUGGAUGCAUUUGACUACGACCUGCAGACGGGAAAGAUCUCUAAUCGGAGGGUUGUGUACAAACUUGAAAAAGAUGAAGCUAUUCCUGAUGGGCAGUGCAUUGAUAGUGAGGGAAGACUCUGGGUUGCCUGCUAUAAUGGUGGAAGAAUCCUUCGUAUCGACCCAGAGACGGGUAAAAGGAUCCAGACAGUGAAACUGCCGGUUAGUAAAACUACAUCCUGCUGCUUUGGAGGAAAAGAUUACUCUGACCUAUACGUAACCACGGCUACCAAAAGAAUGGAUGAAGAAUCACUUCGGAAAGAGCCACUGGCUGGGGGCAUUUUUAAGGUUACUGGACUGGGUGUGAAGGGGAUUCCACCAUAUUCAUAUGCAGGAUAGAAUAUUUCCACCAGCAGAGAGAUGCUAUGAACUACAAUGAGGUUUGCAAAUACAGCAAGAAAUGUCAACAAAAUAAUACACUAUUGACUGAAAACUGUAUUUUUGUUUCUAUUUCUCACAUAAACUGCACAAAUCUAAAGCUGGUCACUGUGAUAUCAAUUCUCAGAAUAAAUGUAUUCCUAACAA